GCUUUUUCUGACAAAGCGAAAACGCAGCAUCAAACGUUUCGACCUCCGGGGCUUGACAUUGGUGAAUUUGCGAGGUCGUGUCUCCAGCGGGUUGACGGCCGUCGCCUCGUCGAGCAGUAUGACGCAGAUUGACGAAACGAGCCCCAAGCAGACCCAUCAGAAUACGCCAACAACCACCCGCAGCAAGUUCGUGCCGUUUGCUGGCUGGGCGUCACACAAAAAGCACACUGAGUAUUACGUCCGAUGUCGCGAGGUCUUCCGUCAACGAUCUUGUUGUCCGGACGAACACGCUGGGAUCAUAAGGAUGGACAAAUUGAUAAACGAAGCACCAGCGGAUCCAGCAAAACGGAAAGGAAAGUUGACUAACCCAGUCCUGGCUGCUGCUAUGCAAGACGAGGAUGAGGAGAGCAAGUGCCGAGGUCUGCUUCGCUGGAAAAACUGGCAGAUUUGGCGCAGCGCACCAGUGGCCAUCUCCACGAUGAUUGAUUGGAAGCUCGAAGGGGAGCCGAGGAUGGAUGCUGCUGAGCAACUGCGUGUUUGCGUACCAUGUCUAUCACUGCUUGAGAAGCGAGAACUGCAGAUGGAAGCGCGCAAUCCGCCGGCCCUGGUAUCCAUCUACGAACGACUGAUCAUCCUACUAAACGAAAUCUCAAACCUCUCGCCGGCCUACGCAAAGAUGGCGUCCAGCAUAAACACUCUGGUCUCUCAGCUCGGCCGAGGAGAUCCGCUCAAAAUUGCGAGGAAGCAGCAAGAGAUCGACUUGAUCAGCAAAUCGAUCGAGGGCGACGAAACCGAAAAUAUGGGAUUCCAAUGUGAUUUCCUAACAUGCAAGGGCUCCCGACGGCUGAGAAAUAUGCUGAACUGGCUGAGCUUCACCGCCGAAAGGUGGCUCGACAAGUGGAAGAGCAACGUGCAAUCGCUCAGCGGGCAGCGACUACGGCUGCGCGGGCAAUCCGCUCGGACACAUCGUCCCCGAAGCAAUUCCUGCGGCAAAAUGACCCAGCUCUCGUCUUUUAUCGGUCGAUCUGUUGAUGAUGGGUGGACUCCGGAACUGUCGCACAGUCUGCAUAACAAUCCUUUCGCCGAGCAGGUGGAGCAGAAGCAUCCUCUCGAGGAGCAACGUGAUAUAAUCAAAGGGUAUUUGUCGCAAGCGGCCGCUGCCGGACGUCUGGAAGAGGUCGAAAUGCUAGAACGAAACCUGCGUGAUCUGGAGAUUGCGAUGCGCGAGCACCAAAUCCAUACCCCA